AGAAUGAAAGAGGGACAGAGACAGAGCGCAGAAAUAAGAGCUGCAGUUGGAACAACAUUACAGAUGGGAGGAGCCAACCAGGCUGAAGAUAUAAACCAAGCCUUUAGAAUAUUCAAAAUGAAAUACCAUGAAGAGAGACAAGGAGAGGCAGACGACGAAAGACUUAACCAGAAAGACAGACUGACUGGUUAGAGAGACAGACUGGUCAGAGACAGACAGACAGACAGACAGACAGACAGACAGACAGCGAGGGCAGGUGAGACAGGUGGAUGGCGAGGACAGACAGCUCCAGAGAAAUGUCCUUGUUUGAGAUGUGGAACCACAGGAAGGAGAGAGGAGAGCUGUUGCAGAGAGCCAAUCAGCUGAGACUUGGUCCUUCACAGCUGACGCAGUUGCUAGGUGACAGUGGAGUCCGGGCGGCGCUGCAGAACACCAGGACGGCAUCUCUGCUGCCACCGGUUGGUACAGAGGUCUUCAGACGCCUGACGCCGGCUUCACUGGCACAGAUACAACAAGGCCUAGAUGCCAGAGAGGACGAGAAAAACAAAGAGGUAGCGAAGGAUGACCCACCCAAACCUGCCAGGGACCUAGAGGCCGGGAAGCCCCUCCCAUUCAUCUACAGAGACCCGCCCCCUGAGCUACUGAACACCGCUUUGCAGGAGCUAGAUCCCUUCUACCAAUCACAGAAGACGUUCAUCGUGAUUGGAAGAGGAAACAUCAUCCACAGGUUUAACGCUGAGUCAUCCUGUUUUCUGCUGAGUCCGUUUAGCCCGCUGAGGACCUUCGCCAUUAAGAUCCUCAUCCACUCUGUUUUCCGUUUUUUCAUCAUGGCGACGAUUCUGACCAACUGUGUGUUCAUGACGAUGAUUAAUCCUCCAGCGUGGAUCAAGACUCUGGACCACGUGUUCACCGCUGUCUACACGUUUGAAGCCGUCAUCAAGGUGGCGUCCCGAGGCUUCUGUUUGGGGAAGUUCAGCUUCUUCCGAGAUCCCUGGAACUGGCUGGAUGUCCUGGUCAUCCUCUCGGCGUGUGUGGAAGAGUUUGUUUAUUUAGGGAUAUCUCCAAUUUUUCGAAUCCUGAAGAUCAUCCCACUCAUUCCAGGUCUGAAGAAGACUGUCGGAGAUCUCGCCCAAUCAGUGAAGAGACUCGCUGGCGUCAUUGGCCUGAUGGUGUUCUGCCUCAUCUUCUUCGCUCUGAUUGGUCAGCAGCUCUUCAUGGGAGCUCUGAUGAACAAAUGUGUCAUGUGGACGCUGGCCUCCAACUCAGGAAACACCGACAUCGAUUUCAACGAUUUCAAGAUCAACCACUUAAACCAUUACUACCUGCCUGGUGUAUUAGAUGCUCUGCGGUGUGGAAACAGCUCUGAUGCAGGGCACUGUCCAGAAGGUUUCACCUGUCUGAGGGCUGGGAGUAACCCAAACUAUGGCUACACCAGCUUCGACUCGUUUGGUUGGUCUCUGCUGUCUAUGAUCCGCCUGAUGAGCAAAGACUUCUGGGAAAACCUGGUGCACCUGCUGUUACGAGCAGCAGGUAAAUUUGCCGUGAUCUUAUUCGUGGUCUUGGUCUUCCCCGGCUGCUUCUGCGUCCUUAGCCUGGCUGUGGCGGUGGUUGCCAUGGCGUGCAGUGAAGCCGGCGUCUCCGAGGCCACAGACAGAGAAGAAGAGUUCAGUCGGAUCGUUGCUGUGCUGAAGAGGAGAGAGGAAGAAGAAGAUGGGAGGGAAGCCUCCAGGGCGGCACUCACAGAGGAUCAGGAAAAUAACAUGGAAGGUGUGGAUGAGAAACAGAGGACAUGUCCUCCAUGUUGGUUUGUCUUGGCCAACUUCCUGUUGAAGUGGAACUGUUGUGGCUGUUGGCGGUGGCUCAAACAGCGGCUCUACGCCUUCGUCACCAACCCAUUCUUUGACCUCGGCAUCGUCGUCUGCAUCGUCCUCAACACUGUCUUCAUGUCUCUGGAUCAUUAUCCAAUGACAGAGAAGUUUUGGCAGAUUCUGGGUGAAGCAAAUCUGGUCUUCUCAGCAAUCUUUGCAGCUGAGAUGGUCUUAAAGCUGGUGGCCAUGGACCCGUAUGGAUACUUCCAGCUGCGAGUGUUGCGGCUGGCCCGCUGGUGGCCGUCCCUCCACAUGUUGAUGAAGGUCGUCUGGAGGUCGCUGAGCGCUCUGAGAUACCUGACGCUCCUCCUCUUCAUCACGAUCUUCCUCUUCUCCGUGGUCGGCAUGGAGAUGUUCCAUGACAGGUACAGUCACAACUUCUGCAAAAUCUCGUUGGACUGCCAGCUCCCCCGCAGGCACAUGGCAGACUUCUUCCAUGCCGUCCUGGUGGUCAUCCAGGCCAUGGGUGGGAUGUGGGUGGAGGCCAUGUGGGACUGCAUGGAGGUCUCUGGGAAGACCACCUGUCUCCUGUUCUUCAUGAUGCUUCUGCCCAUCGCUAACCUGCUGGUGCUGUAUCUGUUCCUGACUUUGUUGCUGAGCUCGUUCGAUCAUCCAGCAUCUCCGGAAGAAAAAGAGAAGAACAACCUGCACGUCGCCCUGAAUCGGAUACGCAGCGCUGUUCGGACUCUCCUGGGAAAGAAGACCCACAUCAACCCAGAACACAUGGGUAAGACCCCCAUCAACCCAGAACACACAGCGGUCGACAGUAAGGAUCACCUGGCUUUGACUGUUGUGACCUCAGACCAGACGGGGUCAGAGGUCAACAUCCUCGCCAUCGCCAACACUGCAAAGAUGCCUGAGAAAGGACAAGAGAAAAAGAAACAUCCUGAAGAUGAUGAUCGAGGAAACAGACCUGAGGACUGCUGCAGUGACAAGUGUCUCUGCUGCUGUCCCUUCCUGGACGUAGACACGUCCCGGGGCUCAGGGAGGGUCUGGUCUAACUUCAGGAGAGCCUGUUUCUGCAUCGUACGACACAAAUGCUUCGACAACUUCAUCAUCCUCAUCAUCCUGCUGAGCAGCGCCACUCUGGUGUUUGAGGACAUCCACCUCCACCACCGUCCGGUCCUGCAGACAGUGGUGCAGCGAGUGGAGCAGGUGACCACCAUCUUGUUCCUGAUGGAGAUGCUUCUGAAGUGGAUCGCCUUCGGACUGAAGAAAUACUUCAGCGACGGCUGGUGCUGGCUCGACUUCCUCGUCUUACAGGUUUCUCUGGUGUCUCAGGCAGCCGCCAUGAUUGGAUAUGCUGACCUGGAACUUGUAUCCCUGAGAGCUCUGGGACCAUGGAGGGCCCUGUCUCGUUUCCAGGGCCUGAAGGUGGUGGUUCAGACUCUGGUCCGGUCUGUCUCGUCUGUCUUCAGCGUGCUGCCGGUCGUCCUGGUCGUCUGGUUGAUCUUCUGCGUUUGCGGAGUGGAUUUUUUUGCUGGAAGGUUUUCUUUCUGUUUCAACGAGACGUCAGAGGAAAUAUUCACACACAACAUGGUGAACAACAAGUCUGAGUGUUUCGAUCUGGUGAUGCAGAACUACAGCGAGGUCCGCUGGCAGAACCAGAAACUCAACUACGACAACGUGGGGAGCGGUUUCCUGUCACUGCUGCACCUGGCGGCUUCAGCAUUCAGUCAAGACAUCGUAUACUCAGCCGUGGACGCCAGCAUGAUGGAGUCUCAGCCCGUCUAUGAGUACAACCCGUACAUGCAUCUGUACUUCAUCUGUUUCUUCAUCUUCGGCUGCUUCUUCACCUUCAUCCUCUUCAUCGGAGUCAUCAUCGACAGGCUGCAGAGAGACAAGUCUGCAGGGAUACCCAUCUUCAUGACAGCGGAGCAGCAGAAAGACGUGAAGAGACUUGUGAUGAAACCUCAGAAACCUGUUCCCCGACCUCAGAACCAGUUCCAGGCUCGGUUAUUUGACCUGGUGACUUCGCGGUGGUUCGGUGUCUCCAUGGCGACGGUGAUCUGCCUGAACAUGGUGGUUCUGAUGAUGGAGACGAAUGACCAGAGCAUGGAGAUGGAGAUCAUCCUGUAUUGGUUCCACUUCCUCUUCAUCAUCCUCUUCUUGGUUGAGUUUAUUCUGAAGAUCGUGGGGCUCAGACGCCACUACUUCACCGACGGCUGGAACAUUCUGGACUUCGUGGUGCUCAUCAUGUCCAUCAUGGGUAUUUUCUUAAGCGACAACAUGGGGAGAUACUUCUUGCCGGUCACUCUGUUCCUUGUGCUCCGAAUGCUUCGUGUCCUCCGAGUCCUCUCUAUCUUCCGCUACGCUCGGGGAACCAGGAAGCUGCUUCUGUCCCUCGUGAUGUCACUUCCUGCCCUGUUCAACAUCGGCGUCGUCCUCGUCAUCAUCACCUUCUCGUCCUCCGUGUUUGGCAUGUCAACUUUUGGCUUUGUGAAGCGGGAGGCCAUGAUAGACGACAUCUUUAACUUUGAGACGUUUGUGAGCAGCGUGCUCUGCGUGUUUACAAUCAGCACGUCGGCGUCCUGGGGGGAUCUGCUGAGGCCCCUCCUGAACACGCCGCCAGACUGCGACCCCUUCAUGGAGCACCCGGGGUUCCCAGUGAUCGGUAACUGCAGCAGUCCGGCGCUCGCCAUCGCCUUCUUCGUCAGCCACCUGUUCCUGUGCUUCCUGCUGCUGGUCCACCUGUACAUCGCCGUCGUCAUGGAGACGUUCGGCUCAGACGACGACGAGCAGCUGAGUGAGGACGACCUGCAGAUGUUUCAUAACACCUGGAGGGAGUUUGACCCCGAAGCCUCGCAGGUCAUACAGUACAGUCAGCUGUCAGAUUUCUGCGAUGCUCUGCAGGAUCCUCUGAGGAUUCCUAAACCAAACUCCGUCAGACUGAUCCACAUGGAUCUGCCUCUACUUCCCGGAGACAGAAUCCGCUGCGUCGACGUUCUGCUGGCUCUCGCCUCACAGGUGGUCGGUGACUCAGAAAAGAUGAACGCUCUCAAAGCCAAAAUGGAGGAAAGAUUCAACCCGUCUAAGGUGUCAUGUGAACCAAUCAGCAGCACCCUGCAGAGGAAACAGGAAGUCGUGGCAGCCACAGUGAUCCAGAAGGCCUACAGGAAGCACGUCCUGCAGGACAGAGAUGCCCAGGAGACGACGGGCGAGUCUGUGGACGCUGGUGGUCACUGAGUUUCUCCUCCACGCUGCUCCUCCCACUUCCUGUCCGAUGAGAACCUGAUGGAGUCAAUCAUAUGUGUGCACCAAUCAGAUCAGAGAUGAAACAACAAGUUAAAGUUGGAUUCUGUGUUCUGGUUCUGGCUGUGGAAACAUUCUUAAAAAGAGAAAAAGAAACAGGAAAUAUUGGCUCCAGAGACCCUACUUCAGGAUGUCAGUAUUAUUAUUAAAAAGAUCAUCCUGAGCCCUUCAUAGUUUACUUCAGGAUGUCAUUAUUAUUAUUAAAAAGAUUAUCCUGAGCCCUUCAGAGUUUACUUCAGGAUGUCAGUAUUAUUAUUAAAAAGAUUAUCCUGAGCCCUUCAGAGUUUACUUCAGGAUGCGGCUCACUUUGAUAGAGAUCCUGGAGACACAGAUUAAAAAUUAACCGAUUGAUCCGGACCAUAGGCUGGCAGUUUGUGGUCAAAAACGUCGAAAAAAGCAUCAAAAACUUCAAAGAAAACAAAAAAAAACA